AUUAUCUACUCCGUGAUAAUGGUAAAAAGAUAUUGAAAUACAGGAAUUUUAAUAUGAAAACCCACUAAAAAUGUUAAAUAUUUCGUUCAUGAUUGAUGCUAGAGUGACACUAUAAUUCUUUUAGAUCCAUCACCAGUAAUAUUAAUUACUGUAUAGAGCCUACUGAUUUAUUAAAAAGAAUCCUCAACACGAUGAAUUAUAAGCUAAUUUGCUUAUUUUGUUCAAUAUUUAGUAGUAUUUACUGUUCUGAUUCAAGUUAUGAUUCAAUAUCUGAUGUUUAUUUAGAACAUGAACUGAUUCCCAAUGCUGGUUUCACCAAACGCAGUUCUAUUCUUGUAAAUUUGGAGUCCAGGAACGAUGUUGUAUCUAUUUCUACUAUUAAUGACUCAGAUAUACAGUUACUAAAACAAUUAGCAUUUAAAAAUGAACUAUACAGAUUGAAAGUCACUGUUAGAACUUUAUCCGGCAAAGAAACACAUUUUCUCACUUUUACUAGAGCAUGUCUUAUAGUUGGAUCUAAAUUAAAUGAUAUUCUAACAUUACAUUUGGAUCACUUAGACUCUCCAUUUGCAGUUAACUUAGCUACUACAUCUAGCAACUGCAAUAGCUUUGAUGAACUGAACACAAAUAACUUUACAACUACAGUAUUUUUCAGAAGACCAGAAACCAGUCCAGUACCUGAUACCGCAACUUAUAUUCAGAAGAUGGAGCGAGAGCGUGAUGCUAGAGAAAAAGGAAAAUCAAAUAAUAACAAAUCAAUGCUUGGAAAAUAUUGGAUGUAUAUAUUACCAUUAGUCAUAUUUAUGAUGAUUGCUGGAGCAUCAAAUCCAGAAGCAAGACAGUAAAUAGAAAAAAUGUACUUCUAAGUUUUAUUUAAUUAUAUUGUUCAAUUAAUUAAUGGGGCUAUUCCAUUAGUGUCUUUAUGUUCAAUAAUUUAAGUUUCAUAAUAUGUACAUUAGGUAAUAUUAUUGACUAUUAAAUUAUUAUAUUGAAUUUAAAACUAAUAAAAUGUCAAGUAAUAACUAAGAAA